AUGAGUCCCUCUUUCGCUGGGUCUCUCUGGGGCUGGCUCCUGUGGAGCAUUGUCCCAGCAAUUACACUCGGGAUCAGCAUUCUCUUUAUUGCGGUUGUCUCUCUCGCGAUUUCCCAAAACACACUACCUCCCAAAACUCGCAGACGGGGAACCCCUGUUCAUAUCAUGAUCGUGCUGGGAAGCGGCGGACAUACCGCCGAGAUGUUCUUCAUGAUGGCGCGAUCCAACUUUCUGCCCAAAAAUAAUACGUAUCGGACAUACGUCGUGAGCUCUGGAGAUCACUUCAGCGCCGACAAAGCUAAAGAGUUCGAGACCAAGCAAGCAAAUGGAGGAGAAGCUCCCAACUACACGAUUAUCACCGUUCCUCGCGCUCGAAGGGUCCAUCAAUCAUACCUCACUGCGCCAUUCUCAACCCUGCACUGUCUCUGGGUUUGUCUUGCUGUUCUGCAAGGACGCUACCCUAAAUAUUCAAUCCCAGAACAAUUCACUACCUAUCCGGACAUCAUUUUAACCAAUGGACCAGCCAUAGCAGUCUGUAUGGUCGUCGCCGCCAAGCUGAUUCGAUUCGUGCUGUUCUUUAUCAACUGGGGCCUGUGGCUGCGAGGCCGAUCUCCGCUCUAUGCAGUGUCAAAGCUACGCACUAUGUUUGUUGAAUCCUGGGCCCGUGUGAACACCCUCAGCAUGACUGGUGUUCUCUUGCUGCCCAUUGUCGACCGGUUCCUUGUUCAGUGGCCUGCUCUAGCCGGACGUCGUGCUUGGUGGAGGAUGAAGAAAACACUGUAUGCUGGAUGGCUUGUGGGAUGA